GGCACACUCGCGCGACUGCCUUCGCACUUCGCAUCCUCGCAUCUGCAUCACCCCCUCCCGCAAACGUCCUCGAGCCUUCGACACCACUCCUUAACGGCCAUUCUUCUUGCUACUACUCGCCCUCAAUCCAGUCCGCACCAUAGCCCUCCCGCCUUCCACCGACUACUCACAGCUCUCGCCCCUCCCACUCCUCUCACACUCGCCGCCCCGGUACCUCCCCUCGUGAAGCCCCUGUCGCUCGCUCUCCCUUGCCCCUAUCUCACCUCCUCAGUUAGCUGCGACAUCACCGCCACCUUCCGAGUUGCCGCCGCAGCGGAGCUCGCCCGAGGAGGCAUUUCAGCCCUCGCCUACACAGCGGGAGCUCACAGACAUGGAUACGCCAAAUACCCGGGCGAGGCGCAAGCGAGAACUGCGGGAGAACGACGAGAGGGGGAGUGGUGUGGGGUGGCAACUCGACGAUCGGCUACGAAAGGAGCUGCUCAUGCAGGCUGCUGCGGACGAUCCAUUGCCGUUGCCUGCGCCAACGCAGCGGCCCCUACCCAUCGGCUCCUCAUCGCUCACCGGAGACAAGCCUGCUUUAAAACGCCCCCGCCGCUUACUCCGCGGAACGAGAUCAGAAUCAUCGCCUGCACCCACGGAAAGGACAAAACUUGACGAGUUGCUCGACAAGAUCAUGGACCAGUCAUCGCAGUCUACCCCUGUCCUUCCCACCCCUUUAUCUCGCGCAAGCACGUCGUUCUCCAACACGGGGAGCGCAAGUCGCUCUCAAACCCUCAACGAUGCACGCUCGGCACGGCCACGUAUGCUCACCGACCGCACCAACGGCCGCCCUGUGACAUCGACAACUUCGCUCCCUGCUGUGAAGAGCGAGCCUCAGCCGCCCUUGAGAGCAACCAAGUCCGCUCCUCGCUCUGUAGUGCAGCUGGCGUCCACACGGCCAGUGAGAUCAAGCCCUCGACGAGGUGUCCCCAUCCAUGCUCCGGGCCCGGAGACCGGCAGCUCACUGGCAUUGAGAGGACUCGUACCAGGACCACCCACUGCUCGUGCAGUGCACGUGUCGACGACCCCGAUGCGCCAGUCGUCAAGAUCUGCGCCUCCACCCCGCGCUGCAAUGGCUACUCGCUCAACACCCCAGCGCUGUACGGCCUUCAGCACACGGGAGCCCCUCCCUGCCCAACCGAGCUCUGAUGGUGACACGUCCAUCGACUCUUUAGACAUAGCAUUCGAGUGUGGGGGGGAGGACAUCGAACGUCUUUUCCAGGUCAUGGACACCGGGCGAUAAGCGACUUGGUGGAGUAUCCUUCCGAGGUUGUGCAUCCCUCCGAGGAUCGGCAGGAUAUUGAUCAUCAAAUCGUGCGGGGAUGGUCAAGCAGGGUGAUGACCGUGAAGGAGAAGUGGAGGUUUAACCGACGUCAUGACGCCAAGUGGAGGCCGUGUGUAUUCAUCAUACUUGUGACCACGACCAUGAGACAUGUCUGGCUGUUGUCUUGUAUCAUGCAUGCUUUGGAUCACGA